AUGAAGAAGGACAACACAGAGACGACGAUGAGCGAAGAAAUGGAAAGCGGGUGUGUGGCGGGGGCUUGCGGGAGUCUACAGCCCGGCCCCCAAACGGUGUGUUCUGCCUGUGAUGUUGUUGUGGACUGGUUCUCACCUCGAUUUGGAGCGGGCCCCUCGAGGCGAGGGGAAGAGUCUCUGACCCGCUCGAUUGUCGCGGCGUCGCUGAGACUGAUGAUAACUUACCUGUCCCGACUUUCGGCGGGAUUUGGCGUCCCUUCCCCCUUAACUCACAAACCCUCAGGGCCUCCGGAUGAGCUUUUGGACCCGAAGCAAGGAACAGAGGGCCCAAGAUGUCGGCCCAGAGCCGCCGCCGGCCUUCAUGCGCGCCUUUCCAAAAGUAAUGGGCCGUCUCCGGCGAUCGCGCCGCCACCUGAGGUGGCGCCCGAGCUGGUCACUUUUUGUUUUCUCCGUAUAAAUUGGAUGCUCCCACGUGUUGAGUGA